GCGGGACUGCAGCCAGAGUGAGUGUUCAUGAGCUGACGCUGCCAGUCUUGGAAUCAGAUGCACUAGCAUGUACCACGGAGCUGUGCUCAAGAAGCCUACAACCGUUUUUUUGGUGACAAGUCUACCAAAAGAGCAAAAAUGCUUUUAUGGGAUGCUAACUCAGAGCCUCAUGGCCCGAGUCCUUUGUUGGAAGCAGGGACAGAAGUCAAUCUAGCUGCUGCUGCCUUUGUUCAGUCACCAGCUCACCUGGCUGCUGGUGGAGGCCAUGCCUUCUUCCUUCUUUGGCAACUGCAGACGGGAGCCAAUCUGAACCAACAGGAUUGGCUUGGAGAAGCUCCCAUUCAUAAGGCAGCUAAAGUUGGAAGUUUGGAGUGUCUCACUUUACUCGUUGCCAGUCAGGCCAACAUCGACUUGCGUAAUAAUAAUAGCCAAACAGCAGAAGACCUUGCCCUGGCUUUGGGGUUUUUGGAGUGUGCCCAGUUCCUUAUGAAAGUGAAACAGAUUCAGAACCUGAAAGCAGGAGCACAGUAUAACUCUUCUUUGCAUGACAGUGACGAAUCCAUCCAUAGCGAUGCUUCCAAAAGGCAGAAAGGACUGUGGGAAGGGAAUAGACUCAUCAACAGAAAGAGAAGGAGAUCAAAUGAUUUGAACUCAUGUGAAAAUGAGUAAGCGAGAAAUACGGAUAUUCAAAGCUCUGCAAACAAAAACAUGAAUCUACAACUUCAAUGCAAAGUACUUUGAACAAUGCCUUCUACGAAGGAAAGUGUGUUCUUCUUGAAGAAGAUUUCAUAUAAUUUCUUUGUGUGCACAAUAAUAACAUACAGUAAUAUUUUUCUACCAUUGAUUCAUGUAUCAUUUUGUGACUGGUAUAUUGAUGUUCUUUACUCAUGGGAACACACGAAUAAGCAAAGCAGUAGAUAGUAUCCUGGCAAUCAACACAUUGUUCAGGUUAAACAAAUAUGUAUUAUGUUGAUAAAAUUGUGUUCUGUAGGUGUGCUUCUGUCAGCAAAUUUUGUACAGAACCUUUUUGUAAUA